UUCCACGUGAGUAGUUAAGCACACGCUAUAGCUGAAAAUGGCGUCCAGUAAGCUGCCGCCUGAAAUUCAAUUUGCCCAAAAACUUGCUUCUAACGAAACGGAUGUAAGGAAACGAGCAAUAACGAAGCUGAGAAAGUAUAUGAAGAUGAGAUCCCAAAAAUCAUCCGGUGGCUUUAAUUACAAUGAACUUCUAAAGAUAUGGAAAGGCCUCUUCUAUUGUAUGUGGAUGCAAGAUAAACCUCUUUUGCAGGAGGAAUUGUCACAUGUUAUUUCACGGCUAAUGCAUUCUUUACAGAAUAUUGAUGCACAAUAUUUAUUUUUAGAGACCUUUCUGCAAACGAUGAAUUGUGAAUGGAAUGGCAUUGAUAGACUUCGUGUGGAUAAAUUUUACAUGCUUGUCCGUCACAUUCUAAGACGGACUUUUGAAGUUUUACAGAAUCACAACUGGGAAGACAGUCUCAUGAAGAGGUUUUUGAAUAUGCUGAAUAAUAAAGUUUUGGAUGUGUCAAGUGGUGCACCUCAAGGAAUACGAUUUCACAUACUUGAUAUCUACAUGCAAGAAUUGGCUACUAUAGGAGCAGAUGAGCUAACUGCAGAAAAGAAUUUGCAGUUCAUCAAACCAUUUUGUCAGAUUGCUGCUACGACAGAAGACCAAUCAUUAUUGUAUGCCAUUAAAGAAAACAUCUUUAAAGAUAUCAUAGACAAAUCUGCUUUUGCAAUUGAGGAUUUAAUGAAGGAGGUCCUGGAGAAUAAUCAAGAUUGUGAUAAUACGUCUACUACAACUAAUUCACAUUUUGAUUCACACAGACUAAAUGGUAAGAAACAUAAUGAAGAAGCAGAUAAUGAAAAUGUUUCUACGAUAUCAGAAGAAAGUGAUGAUAUUGGCCCUGUUCUUCAGUUUGAUUACAAGGCAAUUGCAGAUCAUCUCUUUGAUUUGGCCAGAAGGGGCAGUACACCACUUCAGAACAGAAAGAUGAUUUACAAAUUAGUUAAAAAAUUUGAAGAUCUGAGCGAAGGAAAUUUUCCCAAUGAUGAUUACCCAGAGGAAGUUUCCACAGAUGAAGACGAUGACUAUUUUGGAAGUAGACAUAGACUGAAAAAAAGGAGAAAAAACGAAACCACAUUGAAUGAAGAAAGUUGUAAAAAAAUGAAGAAUCCAAGAAAAAGAGAGAAAAAUGAAGACCACUCAAAAGAUGUAGAGAGGGUUGAAAAAAAGGAACAGACUGAGCUGCUUUCUUCAGCAAAUGCAGAGACCACUAAUACUAAAGUAGUAAGUGACCUGGAUUCCACAAAUGGAAUAACACAAACUGUGAAAAAGAAGCAGAAGAGAAAGAGAAAAUUAAAUAAUCCAGAAGUAAAGAAAAGCAGCACUUUUAUCAAUCCAGGCCUUGAAAAUGGUGUGAUUGGCUUACAAGAUACACAAGAUACAAACCAAAAUAUAUCUAAAGGAAGUUUAGGAGAAACUCUGGAGUCAAUGCUGGGGAAUAGACAGUCUGUAGCUUUUUCCCCAGUAGAUUUUUGUACAUUAAAAAAGGAUGCCAGUGAGGACUCAAAUGAUUUAGCUGGUGAACUGGCUUCUUUGAAAAGCAAUGUCCUUCAAGAGGAAGAUCCAGUGUGUAGACCUUCAGGUGUAAAGAUUUUGAAAAAGAAAAAAAUGAAAAAUAGAAUGAAAUUGAUAACACCAAGACCAAUAAAAAGGCCAUUAAAAUUAUUGACAAAGAAAGGAAAAAGAAAGUCUGAAGUUACAGAUUCAUCUACCACUGGAGAUAUUGGAGGUGAUAGCAAAAAAAUUAAAAAAAGCAAGGUAAAUGAAGAGAUUAAUAUAUCCAAAAUUUCCUCCAGAAAAGCUAUUCUAAAAAAGGAAUCAAAAGAGAAGAAAAAUUUUGUAAAUUUUGAGACCUCAACUAUACCAGUUCCUGUUUUCUUUAAAACACCUAGUGGAAAAUGCUGCACCCCCAUAUCUUCCAUAAAGAAACAAAAGACACCAGACUCGGUCUCAAAGAAAGUUACCUUUGGUUUGAACAGGAACAAGACAGCAGAAUUCAAGAAGAAUGACAAAAGCAUCUUAGUCAGCCCUGAGGGUACUUCAAAAGUGGCAUUUGACCCAAAUCAGAAGCCCCUUUAUGGUGUUCUCAAGUCCCCUGCAAGUCUAAGCAUAAGACUAAAAAAGCACAUGUCUUCACCAAGAAAGAAAAGAGCAACUGCAGCUGAUUUUUUCUAAAUGUUCUCAAGAUCAUGAACUUUGUCUUUUUAUAGAUGACCACAUACAGAAUCAUACUGAACAAAUUGUACAAUCAGUUAUCAUUUUUAAUUGAGGUAAUAAACUUUUUUUUUCUCCCAGAGAUAAACUUUUAGGUGCUUGUAAAAUAUAUACUUCUAUUACAUUGAUUUUUAGGACAGAUAAAAUUUGUUAAUCUGAUAAAUUCAUCUGUAAAACACAUUGAUAAUUAAAAAUAAAAUUGUAUCUCCA